AUGACACAUAUUCGGUAUUACUUAGGUUAUGUUAAACGUUUUUGUUGAUUUUGAUGUUUUUAUUAACCUGACAUGACAUGGUUAUAUUUAUUUUGUAAGUACUAUAGUUUAAUCUUCUGCAAGUAGUUUCAAAAUGCAAACCACUUUAAUAGAACUGAAUCCUAAUAGACAACUCCUGGACUCAAACUUUGAUGGAUACAAGUUAUCUUUAACAGAAAUACCGAAGAAAAAGCGAGAUCUUUCGAUUGCCGUGGACAGAGUUCUUUUAGACACAAACCAAUAUUCUUUACUACACGCAAAUCUGUAUGGUUUUCACAAUCAUCUUACUGCAGAUCCUUAUGAUGAAACGAGUUCUGUAUAUUUCGUAGAUAAAGAGUUAAGUAUAUGUAAAGUGUAUGUGGAUCCAUUUAAUGAAGAACUAAUAGAUCCUAUAAAACUUCUAACACUCCCUAGAAAACGGGAAAGAAUUUCUGGUGAUUACAAUGUUUCUUUGAGAUUCGCCUCUCCAACAAUUGCUGUAAUAAGUGAUGGAAUUGAAAAUUUAUAUAUUGUUAAUACUGGAAGUAGGAAUGAUGAUGAUGCUUUCAAUAUUUGUUUCUCGGAUGAAGUUACAGAUUCAGGUCAAUCAUUUGUUUUAGUUGAUGCUAUUGUAAUGACUAAUAAAGAUAGUAAUGAAGAACUACAUGUUUUAGCUUUAAGUCUUAAACGUGAAACUGAACAAGAAAGGUAUUUUAGUUUAUUACAUUGGAUUACAUUUACUAAGGUCCAAGAUGUUUGGGGACAAACUGCUAUUAAACAGGUGAAAUCCAAAGGUUGUGUACAAUAUGCCUUUAUAGAAAAGAAUUGUGAAGCUAUCUAUGUUGCAAGUGAUGAUGAAUGUAAAUUUACACUAAAUUCAGAUUUUCCUAUAAUUGAGGAAACAUCAAGGAAUAUAAAUGCAGAUAAAAAGGUUUAUACAUGGUCACAAAAUAUCAAUGAAAUUACAAUUAGGAUAAAGUUAUCAGGAGAAAUAGCCCCUGAACAAGUCAACAUAAAUCAGCAAUUUAACAGUAUAGAAGUAAAAGCAAAUGAUGCAGUUUUAAUUUCUGGAGAUUUAUAUCACAGGAUAGAUACAAAUAUGACAACAUGGAAGAUUACACAGGAUUCUGAACCUAUACUGGAAAUAAUAUUAGGGAAAGAAGAGACUGGAUUAAUGUGGCCAGAAUUUAUUAAAAAUGAUCUAACUGGAGAAUUUGUUUUGAAUUCCUGUAUACAAGAUGCAAGUCAAGCUAAAUUUGCUCAUCUUACUAGUGAAACUGAGGACAAUCCCCAAUCCGGCACAACAUUUAAUAGUCAACAAGUGGAGGAAUGUGAUUUGAAAAUGAUAAAGCAUGUGUUUUCCAAAGAUUGUGUGGCCAAACAAAUAAUACAACUCACAAAGUAAAUCUAGGCUCCCACCAAAUUCUAGUAACAGCUCAGUUAAAUCAGAAUGAUGUACCAGCUAUGGGAAUUCGCCAUGAUGUUGAUAUAUGUCUGUGGCAACCACAGAAAACGAAUGAAAAUUUUUCUAUCACACAUGAAGGAACUCUUUUAGCUUUGGGAUAUGUUCAAGCUUCAAAGCAAAACAAAAAAUUCACAGUCUGCCCACCAGACAUGAGUUAUGCCGUGAUUUGUGAAACGUCUGGACAUUUGUUCAUAUACAGGCAGAACAAAAAAAUAUCUAGUACCGAACUUCGAAACAGAAGCACUGGAAGAAGAAUACAAAGUAUAGCUCAGCAGCAAGUGGUUAAUUUAUCAAAUGAUGAAAUAUUAGGUAUUUACGGAUCAAAUAAAAGUUUAUUUUUAUUAUGUGAAAAAAGCGUUACUGUUUUAACUAUGUAAUAUUUUUAUAAAUAAAAUAUCGAC